AUGUGCGAUGAAACAAUCGAAAAGCAGUAUUGGAGAAAAUUUCAGGCUGAAAUCUGGCUAGUAUUGGCUAUUGGAAAAUCAACAACGAGAUGGGAUGAGUUUAAAGCAGAGGUCAGCGGGAUCGAAAGAGCGAAACGCAUACUCAGCGCAAUUGAAAAGCUCGACACAAUAAUCAGUAACCGAGAUUUUGGCACACGUUUUGUUUGGCUGACUUCCAUGGUGGGUGGGCGUAAAUAUCCGCCGCUAAACGCGGAAUUCGGAGGGGACAUUUCUUGGAAUGGUCAAGACUUGAGUAGUAAGCCCAUUAAGGAGGCCGAAAAAGAAACCAUAAUACCAGAAAUUUUGGAUCCUUGGCCAGGUGGAGCUUCGGUGGCUCAAAAUCAGUCUAUCAACGACUGCUCUUUUGUUGCCAGUCUCAUUAACAUCAGAUCUCGAGCUCCGACCAGCUUGAAAAUGGCACGUUGCAAGUCAAGGCUGUGGAACUUCAAUUUCCAUUUUAAUGGAGUGCCUAAUAGGCUGGUGCAGGUUGAUCCAGUGGCGGUAGUUGAUUCACCCCAUAUAAUGUCUGAAGAUCCUCUAGACUGGAUGUUAGAAAACGCAUACAUGCAGGUCAAAAACAUGUCGAGCUACGCCUAUCAUGGUUCUAAUGCGGCAAUAGAUACCUUUCUUCUGAACGGGUUUAUUCCAGAAACAUGUUCUGUUAAUGGAGCAACGUUGGGGCAGAUCAUCAAGUCCUUCAAGAGCUCGUUCUGUCUCAUAACCAUUGGGACCGGUGAGCUCGUCAAAGAUGCAGAGUUUCUGUCGAACCACGACUAUCCUAUUAUUGGCAUCACCGAAGGUAAUUUGUUAGAGAUUCGAGAUGUUUUGGAUCCGCAGAAAGUGUGGCAUUUGCAAGAACGAGCCCUGCUGGAAAACUUCCGGGCCGUGUAUUUCAAUUGGAACUCUCCCGUUUUGUUUUCUCAUCAUCAGACACUUCAUUUCAAAUAUGACAGUCUUCAAAAUAAUGCUUCAUCUAGCACUAUUGACAAGCCUGUUUUCGAAGUUUGCAACGAUAGCCCCGCAGUCGAGCCCGUGUGGGUUUUGUUGGAAAGGCACUUGGGGUCGCGCGCUACCGAGAGCGAUGGAUGCUCUCUGGGAUACACAUCUCGAGAGCUCCUUCCUGUACAAAAUUACCGAGGUAGUAAUUUGGGAUUUCAUUUACUUAAGUUGGAUCUGCAGCCAAAGGAGCGCAAGCUCAUUUUCUGUCACUCUGACGUGUCUGCAAAUUACAGCAUACAUUUUUAUCAUGUUUCGAAACACAUUAGUGCGCACAAAUACGAUAAGCGUCUCAGCUCAAUGAUCGUGAAGGAUGAAUGGGACGCAUCUAACGACUAUGGUCCACUUUCAAAUCCUUGUUUUUACAUGAACCCGACUUUUGAAGUGACUAUCCAAAGUCCGGAACACACGACGCAAUAUCUCAACUUGCAACUCAUAAGUGUUGGCUCUCGAUUGAUCAAUGCUCAGAUGUUCAACAUAAAUGAUGGGGAACUCAGCAAACCACUUUUUUCCGAUGGCACGUACGAAGAUAAGUUGUUUUGCCGUCGAGCCAUUCCACUGACCACCAACACAAGAUACCAGAUAGUUUGUUCAUCUUACGAAGGAAUCAGCAGAAGCGGCUUCAGACUUGUAGUCACAAACCCUCAUGAUUCCGAUUCCAUAACGUUAAAAAGAAUAUAUCCUCAGUUUGGAUGGUAUAAACACCACAACCGAUGCGAUUUCAUCUGGAAGGCAAAAAUAGCUCGCAUAAAGUUUGACCUCUCAUCGAAUAGCACUAGCUCGAUGCAGUUGCGUAUAUUACCAUUGCGCUGCGACCCCACACUCUUCAUCCGUGUGAAUAUAUUCACCACAGACAUUAAAAUUCCAAUAAUCAAAAAUCAUGGAUUUUCAGCAGUGCCUAGAUAUGGCUUGAUCAUACCAGACCUAAAGCUAAAAUAUAACGAGUCAUUGACUUUGUUACUGGAAAGAGAUGGUCCAUCAAGUGCAUUCGAGGAAUUACCACUACGACUAGAGUUGGGCUCGGACUUUGAGAUAACUAUCAACGAACGUUGA